AGCUUCUUUGUCUCUUCGCCACGUACCACCUCUUUUUUACUUCAUUUUGUUACUUCUGCAGGGUCCCAGCAUUACGCAUUCCACCCUUUGCUUCAGAAACUAAUCGCAAUGUUGACCUCUCUCGCAUCGAACCUUCUCAGUGCUUGGUUCGCCUUUCUACUUCCCUGCUACGGCACGUGGAAAUCUCUCGCCCACCGACCUGUAUCUGAGCCCGAACUCGAGCGAUGGGCAAUGUACUGGUCGGUUCUGGGGGCUUUCGUUGCAUUCGAGUACGUUGCCGAGUGGUUGGUCAGCUGGUUGCCUUUCUACUGGGAGAUUAAGACCCUGUUCCUUCUGUUCCUUGCAUUGCCUCAGACGCAGGGUUCAACUUGGUUCUACGUCACCUUCAUGAACCCUUAUCUCACCAAGAACGAGGCCGAGAUAGAUGCUGGAAUCGUGCAAGCCAAGGAAAACAUCAUCACAUUCCUGCAGAACCGCGUCCAGGCCAUUUGGCAGAGCGUGCUCGACUCUGCAGCGCAAGCGUCUGCCAACGGCGCUCAGGACCUUGCCGCCGCGCAGAAUCCUGUGAACAUCGCGAAAGGUCUCCUGAGCGCGUUCGCACCGUCUCUGAUGGGCGCUCUUCAGGGGCAGGCAACAGCUGCGCACCAGCGGCCUGUUCCGUCUCCUGCGCAGUCUUCGAGUUCGAUCCACUCGGUCGAGUCGUCCGCCAGCGAAGAGUGAGCAUUGACACUCGAAAGAAGAAACGGUUUGCAGCCUGUUGCAGGUGCACUCGCCAGCGGGUGAGGGAUAUAGAGCUUAAAGCAUGCUUUGGACGUUUUACGGAAGUCUCACGCACGGACACGUUAUGUAUUCGGACAGCUGGUCACGUCCAAUGUAAAUUAUAAACGGGUAAAUACAACAGUCAUCGCUUCCAUCGAGCAUCUUUCUU